GCAUAUCAUGCUUUGGAAGAUGCUGGUGUUCCAAUACAGAAAUGCGCAGGAUCCGAUACUUCGGUUUACACCGGAUGUUUUGCAAAUGACUACAGCAGCCUCAUACAGCAGGACAUGCAGGAAAAAGAGCAAACGCACACCGCUUGUGGGAUUGCAGCAACAAUGCUGGCCAAUCGACUGAGUUGGUUCUUCAAUUUCAAGGGCACGUCGAUGAACAUAGACACUGCAUGCUCAAGUAGCCUCGUGGCCCUUCAUUUGGCAUGUCGGGAUCUUCUCACAGGGACCUGCAAUAUGAGUCUCGUCGGUGGCACAAACUUAAUCUACCAUCCCAAUUUCAUGAAAAUGAUAUCUCAGUCUGGCCUACUCUCAUCCGAUGGUCGAUGCUGGAGCUUUGACGAGCGCGGAAGUGGAUAUGCUCGCGGUGAAGGCACGGGUGUUCUGGUGAUCAAACGUGUCGAAGAUGCCAUCCGUGAUGGCGAUAUCAUUCGUGCAGUUAUUCGCAAUACCGGAACCAAUCAAGAUGGGAAAACGCCCGCAAUUACCCAGCCGAAUAUGGAGUCUCAACUUGCUUUGAUCAAGCGAACGUAUCGACUGGCCAAUCUUGCUAUGGAACCGACUCGCUUCUUUGAGGCGCAUGGAACAGGAACCGCCGUUGGAGACCCGAUAGAAGCUAAUGCGAUCGGUAAUGCCUUUCGGAACUGUCGCUCGACAUCAGAUCCACUUUACAUCGGAGCUGUUAAGGCUAAUGUGGGCCAUUUGGAGGGUGCAAGUGGAGUGGCAGGUAUCAUAAAGGCACUUCUUGUUCUCGAACAUGGUGUCAUUCCUCCGAUUGCCGGCUUGGAAACGUUGAAUCCUCGCAUCGAUGCAGAUCAAUUAGGCUUACAUUUCCCCCAAAAAGCGACUCCUUGGCCCACAGACGGCCUUCGACGAGCAUGUGUGAAUUCAUUUGGGUUUGGUGGCACGAAUGCAAUUGCCAUUCUGGAUGACGCCUACCAUUAUCUCAGUUUACGCGGCCUCCAUGGCUACACUCGAACUCGUGUUUCUCCGCCCAGCGCCGAUUCGAUCGCCUUAACGAAAUACAUGUUCACUCCUGACUCCACGGAUCUCGAUGGAAACAACCCCGAAGACGUUCCAUGGGAUAAGCCGGAAGGCAUGAGCAAAUCACCAAAGCUUCUUGUUCUAUCGGCCGCGGGGCAAACGGUUUGUCAGAACGUCACGUCGCAGUAUCGCGAAUACAUUGAAAGAUAUCCAGACGAAGCUGUCAGCUUAGCUUACACGCUUACGGAGAGAAGAACUCUCUUUUCGUGGAGGUCAUUCCUCAUUAUUGACCGAUGUGGCACAACCCUCUGCGAAGAAUCCGGACUGAAUCCGGUCCGAGCACGGAGCGAUGCCCGAGUUGCGUUUGUUUUCACUGGACAGGGUGCUCAGUAUUUGGGAAUGGGCCGUGAGCUUCUAAGUUAUCCUGUUUUCCAGGUUUCUUUGCAAACUCUCCAAUGCUGUCUAGAGGGCCUGGGAGCUUCAUGGUCUCUCUAUAAAUUUCUGGAAGUCCAAGAGAGCUCUGUCUCGAUUGACGAGCCAAUAUACAGUCAACCAUUGACAACCUGUCUUCAAAUCGCAUUGAUCGAUCUUAUCAAAAGCUUUGGAAUCUCGCCUACCAUUGUCGUUGGGCAUUCAUCAGGGGAGAUUGCUGCUGCAUACGCAGCUGGCAGCUUGUCCAGGGCCUCUGCUGUGAAGAUCGCAUACUACAGAGGCCUACUAUCAUCCAACCUGGCGGAUAGAAGCGAGAAUCUUUCUAUGAUGGCCGCUGGACUGUCGGCUGGUGACACAUCUUCCUAUCUUGAUCGCUUAAAAGAGCAUAUUGGCGAUCUGAAUGUAUCAAUUGGCUGCGUUAAUAGCCCCCGAAGUGUGACUCUCACCGGCGAUGUAAAACAGUUAGAGAUCUUGCAGAAGUGGUUCGAUGAGAACAACAUCUUUGCUCGCAGACUCCGCGUUCCAAUUGCAUACCACUCUUCUGCCAUGGACGAGAUUUCACAUGAUUAUCGAGAGGCCAUGGGUGAACUCGCGUCAGGAGAGAAUGUUAAACACAUCCCCAUGAUUUCAACAGUGACACAGGAUGUUGUGACCCCCAGUUCGUUAUGCCAGGCCGACUACUGGAUCCAAAAUCUGACAUCGCCUGUUGAAUUUCAAGGAGCAUUGGCCAAAGUCCUUGCCCAGGCUGGCAAAAGCAAAGGCCCGCGCAAGCAACUCGGCAAAUCGCGCUCAAUUGACCUUUCCGUUUCUCAUAUCCUUGAGAUUGGUCCUCAUGGCGCUCUCCGAGGGCCUAUUAAUGACAUUUUGCGGGAAUAUUCAAGCACAGAAAAGCCCUCAUACAUUCAAACACUUGACCGUAAGAGCCGUGCUGAUCAAUCUUUGCUUGUUGCCAUUGGAAAGCUUCAUUGUGCCGGGUUCCGGGUGGACCUUCACGCAGUGAACUCUGCCGACAAAACUCCUAAACCCAUGCCUCACAGUCUGCCGCCAUAUCCGUUCGACCAUACUCGAUCCUAUUGGAAUGAAGGGCGUAUUAGCAAGGGUACUCGAUUUCGAGACGCACCUCGCCAUGACUUGUUGGGAACAAAAGUUAUGGACUGGAACCCGGAAGUCGCGCAAUGGCGAAAUACCAUUCGCUUAAAUGAAGCCCCAUGGCUUCGCGAUCAUAAAGUUGACAAUCAAAUCCCCUUUCCCGCCGCAGGAAUGAUGGCGAUGGCUAUAGAGGCGUUCCGGCAACUCCACGCCUCAGGCCUGAUUUCUAUUCACAUGAAAGAUGUCGAGUUCUCACGUGCUAUGAUAUUUAGUGGCAACGCAAAUGCAAUUGAAACUUCGCUUGUUUUGUCCAGGACUGGAUACAACUCUGAUGAAUCGGAUUGGUCUCACUUCAGACUAUUUCAGAUCAUGAACGAGGCUCAUGCGGAAUGCUGCUCUGGAUUCAUCCGAGGAGAAUUUGACCAGGGCAACAUGAAUGCAGAUGUUUCUUUCACUCUCGCGGGGGAUCUUCAAGAAUGGGCCAGGGAUAUCGUAACCGUGUGCGGUGCUUCUCAAGAUCCAUACAACCUGAUAGGUCAAACUGCAAUGCAAUAUGGCCACUCCUUCCGAGUUUUAGAAGACAUGCAGACUUUGCCUCAGGGACAGGUCGUUACCAAGCUCAGAACGGAUAAUUGGAAGGUCAGCCAAAAAAGUGACCCACGGAACCAGCAUUUUACUCUCCACCCUUGCACUUUGGAUGGUUUGGCUCAAAUGCUUCUUCUUGCCCUAUUUUCUCUAGAAGACCGCAUUUUAGGCAUGGUUCCAAAGCGCGUGUCUAGUAUUUGGAUUGACUGUCGCAACAAGGUUCAAAGCGAGAAGCAGCUUCGUGGCAUUGCCAAAUGUGUUCAUGUUGGGCAUCGUUCUGCGAUUGCAAACAUCAUGGCUACAACCUCAAAUUUGGAACCCGUUGUUUUUCUUGAAGGGGUAGAGGCUUCAUUUAUUGAGUUUGGUGGGUCAAUUGAAGCGGGAUCUCGUCUUUUGUGUACUCGAUUGAAAUGGAGGCCAGAUAUGGAAUUGAUGGAUCCCAGCCAGGCUAUGGCAGAGAUCAAUCGUGACAGACCCAAAGAACCAGCAAGUGUUGUGUCUCAACACGAUGAUCUAGUGCUCGCCAUCCUUUGCUUCGUAGAUGAAGCCAUUCAGCAUUUGGAAGAGCACCCAUCUGCUCAGGUCCCAGGGUAUCUCACUCGUUAUACAAUGUGGAUGAAGUAUCAGCUAUCUCUUCCGCGGAACCAAACUCUCCGUCUCGCAAGCAAGCAGCUUCUCGGCUCGCCAACAGCACGAAAACAGCUUGUUGCUAAGGUGGAAGAUACUGGAAUCGAGGGUCGGUUUCUUAUGCAUGUCGGGCGCAAUUUGCUCCCAGUAUUGACCGGAGAUGUCGACCCAUUGGAUGUUGUGAUCCGAAGCGAGCUCACUGAUCCCUAUUCUGAGCGAAUGCUUUCAAACCCCUACUAUACCCAUCCUGUUUCUGUUUUGAUUGACCACCUCUGUUUUAAAAAUCCAUCUAUGCGCAUUCUCGAAAUUGGAGCCGGGUAUGGUGGUCAAACCGCACGCGCACUGAAGACAAUAUGCUUAGAUGGCACAAAACGGUGCGAUCGUUAUGUUUAUACAGACAUUUCACCAGCCUUCUUUGCGAAGGCCAAGGAAAAGUUCCAGGACUACGCAGAAAUUUUGGAGUAUAAAGUCUGUGAUGUCUCCAAGGACCCAGUAUCGCAAUCAUUCCAACCAGAGAGUUAUGACCUUAUUCUUGCUGCAAAUGUUUUACACGCAACAGACAAUAUCGGCGAAUCCCUUCGGAACAUUCGCGCACUCCUCAAGCCCGGAGGAAAGCUUCUCAUCGAUGAAAUUACCGAGCCGGAUGUUUUAAGUGUUGGAUUCGCGUUUGGGUUACUCAAAGGUUGGUGGAGCCCAUUGGAGCAUGAACUGCGAACAGCCCAUAGUCCUUGCUUGCGAGCAGCCGAAUGGAACGACAGAUUGCAAAACAGCGGAUUCUCUGGUGUUGACCUCGACAUACCUGGCCAAGAACAUGAAAAGUCACGCUGGAGCAGCCUUCUGGUUUCCACCGCAAUAUCAGUAACAAACGGAGAGGCACGUCCAGUAAACGAUCUUUUUGUUGUGAGAAAUCCGUCAUCGUCAUACCAAAACGAUAUCGCAAAGGUCAUUGCAAGCAAUUGGUCUACAUCAGUAUUCACCCUUGACGAGAUUUCUGGCAUUCAUAUUCCAUCAUCCACGAUUGUGGUUUUCCUUGUUGAGCUUCGAGAACUUUUCCUUGAGGGCAUAUCGGAGACGGACUUUGACCUCCUACGUGCGGUCCUCAUGCAAUCCUUAAACGCUAUUUGGAUCACAGAGCCUGCAGUGAAGUCACAGAUCCCUGCGCUUGGUCUUGUCGACGGACUUAGUCGCGUUAUUUCUUCCGAAGACAGCUCUCGAAGGCUUGUUACUCUAGCACUGGAUGGAUCGGAGACACAAGAGCAGUUUUUGGGCUUGUUGUCGAGAGUGACUCUCAGUAUUCAGAAUGAUCCAUUAGAGGCAAUGGAAACGGCAUACUACUCCAACAGAGGCAUACUCCAAAUACCUCGCGUGUCUGAGAAUGAGCUCAUGAAUGAUCAAGUAUCGUCGAUGCUAGCGCCCCAUGUACAAGAUGAGCGGCUGGUUAGUCCCGAUCUGCAUGCUUCGCUUCAUAUGGGUAGCCCUGGUGCUUUCCAAACAUUAGAGUUUGUGGAGGAUGAGCCCGAGUCUCUCAUACCUCAUGAGAAUCAGGUCGUGGUGAAUGUCCACGCUAUUGGAUUGACAAGGCAAGAUCAUCUUUCUGCAAUGGGUGGGAUCGACCGAUGGGCAAUGGGCACCGAGUGUGCUGGUGUUGUGCAAAAGACCGGUACCAACACUUCAUACCAGCCGGGUGAUCGCGUUUGUGUUAUUGGAGAUGGCUUGGCUCGCACUUCAGUGUGUGUUAACGCCGAUGCAGUUGCCCCCAUCUCACCUAGCAUGAGCUUUUCAGAGGCUGCUUCACUCCCUACCUCUCUUUGGCUAGCCUUCUACUCGCUGCAUAAACUUGCAAGCCUUGAAGAAGGCGAGUGGGUGCUAAUCCACCAAGCAACGAGUAGUGUUGGUCAUAUCCUGGUUCAAAUGUCGAUGAAACGAGGCGCACAUGUUCUUGCUACAGUCAGUUCGGCUGACAAGAGACAGCUUUUGUGCGACACGUAUAAUCUCUUCCCAGACAGGGUGUUUGUUUCCGGUGAUACAUCUAUAUGCCAAAGAGUUCAAUCAGUCACCCACAGAUCAGGGAUCGACGUUGUGAUUGGUUCAUUGACCGAUUGGGGUGGUCCAGAUCUAUUUGGUUGUUUGGCGGCAUAUGCCCGCAUCAUUGACAUCGGGAUCAGCAGCAGUAGCGCCCCUAAUCUUUGGAAACCUAAGCAACGGGCCAUCAAUAUCUCUCGGGCUUCUGUUAACCUGGUCGAAUUACUUCAACACAAGCCAGCUAUCGUCUAUCGGACAUUCCAACAGGCUGUGAAGUUAUGGUUUGAGAGCCAUACUACCAUGAAGCCAUUGGUCUUACAUGUCUUUCCCGCUGACGAGAUUGAGUCUGCGUUCCGUCAAAUGCAAGACAGGAAACUUAUUGGAAAGUGUAUUAUUGAGCUGAAGCAAGGGGUGAAUAUCAAGGUGAAAACCCGCACAAGGCCGGACUAUCAGUUCUCCAGUCGCUCUACCUAUGUGAUAUCUGGUGGGCUUGGAGGACUUGGACGUACCUUGGCACGUUGGAUGGUCAGCAGAGGAGCUCGCUAUCUGAUGCUUCUUUCUCGCUCGGGGCCUAGGAACCCUGAAGCACACCAGCUGAUUCAUGAAUUGGAAGGGCAAGGCGCUACCGUGGCGACGCCUCAAGUUGAUGUUGGAAACCUCUCCAAGUUGAAACAAGUCUUGGCUGAAUUGUCGAGUUUCAUGCCACCAAUCCGUGGAUGUAUCCAAGGGACUAUGGUAUUGCGAGACAAACUUUUCCAAAAUAUGACGUAUGAAGACUGGAAGACCAGCAUUGCUGCGAAGGCGGACGUCUCAUGGAAUCUUCACUUGACAAUGCCGACUGACCUAGACUUCUUCAUUCUUAUCUCCUCUGUCAGUGGGGUAAUCGGCAACAGAGGACAAGCCAAUUAUGCAGCAGGGAACACAUUCCAGGAUGCCCUUGCUCAUUACCGGAUUUCACAGGGUCUGAAGGCUGUCACAAUUGAUAUGGGCGUUAUGGUUAACGAUGGUGUCGCUGCAGAGAACAAUUCUCUUUUGAAUUCUGUACGGCGAUUCGGGCACUUGAUGGAGAUCACCCAAGAGGAGGUUCUCGCCCUGUUUGAUUAUUACUGCAAUCCGCAGCUUCCAUUGCUUUCUCACGAUUACGCUCAGCCCGUGAUAGGUCUUGAAAUGCCGUCUGUCAUGGCCGCCAAAGGCGUGGACCUCCACCAUUCGAUCCGACGCCCAAUGUUCCGUCAUCUCUUCCGAAUGGGCCUUGAUAGCAACUCGUCGGCGGACAAUGCUGGCGCUGAAAAGGGAUCAAUCGAUCGCCCUGCCGCGCUGAGGUCCGCAUCAGCCGAGGAAGCUGUGUCUAUGAUCACUGAAUGGAUUGUCCUUCAGGUUGCACAUAUCUUGGGGAUGUCUGAGACGGAUAUCGAAACUGAUAGGCCCCUUCAUGCCCAUGGAAUUGAUUCUCUCGUUGCAGUCGAUCUAAAGAAUUGGUUCCUGAACGAACUUGGCGCAAAGGUCACCGUGUUUGAUAUCAUGGGUAACACUGCGAUCAAAGAGAUCAGCGUCAUGGUGGCCGAGCAGAGUCGCUUUCGUCAGUAG